AUGUACGCCGUGGAGGAGUCUCAGGGCACGACGGGGUCGUUUGUGCCUCGAAUCGCCGGGUGCGCGAUACUGCUGCUGGCCUUCGUGAUCGCCUCGAGGAGGGUGCUGCCGAUGGCCAUGGCCCGGCUGGUGCUCAAGGACAAGCAGGAGCAAUCGUCCGGUCUCUUCACCCUGGCGGUGGUGAGCUACUGCCUCGGUGUCGCUCUUGUCUGCGAGCGCCUCGACCUGAGUCACGAGGCCGGAGCUCUCUUUGCCGGGCUGCUGAUGGUCGACUCCCCCUUCGCCCAGAAGGCCCACGCGAGAAUGCAGCCGUUGACGAGCCUCUUCGGAGGGAUGUAUCUCGGCUCUCUCGGCAUGAUCGUCAACCCGGCCUUCAUGGUGUGGAACUUCGGAGAUGUGCUUGGGUGCGUGGUGAUGCUGGUGUUAAUAAAGCUCCUGAUCGUGGCGAUGGUCAUGAAGUCCUUCGGCUUUUCGUGGGAGGCCUCUACGCUCGCGGGCGCGUGCAUGGCUCAGGUCUCCGAGAUCUCGCUCUUCUUCGUGGCGAGGGCCCAGCACCUCAAGCUCAUCAGCCGGCAUCACUACCUCAUGACCGUGGCGACGACGGUCAUCCUCAUGGUGGCGUCCCCGCUCGUGAUCAAGGGCCUUCAGGCCGUCCAUGGAGGCGCUGCCUGCGGGGAGGGCGGUGCCACCUGCAGCAGCCCCCGCAACGGGACCGGCACCGGCGGCGGCGGCGGCGGCGGUCGUGGGGUUGGGGAAAGCGGCGGGGCGGAAGACUCGAUCCUCCCGUUGAUUGGCGGGCGCGGGAGGGGUCGGAGCCGCGGACAUGGGGAGACGCCGACGUGGAAGGAGAGGUGCAAGGGAAGUUGAGAGUGUUCCGUCGAAGGGGAGGCCGUGCGCUGGACGGAGUUUUGUGUUUGCUUGGUUUUACUUCUCAAGACGGAGAUGGUGCGGUCGCGAGGCUGAGGAGGCAGGCGCGGGACCUAUGUGGUGAUAUGCCAGAGGGGCGGUGGGAACAUGUCUCCGUUUGUUGGCGUGUGUGCUUUGGAGAAGUUAGCUUCCCUUUAUGGUUUCUGAGAUCGCGAGUUGGUGUUUUGUGUCGCGUGUUGUGCCGACGAGCUGUGCCGACGAGCUGUGCCGACGAGCAUCAUCGCUGAUUUUCAGGAGCGACGGGAAGACAGGGUCAGUCUACCAGCCGUGUUUGUCGUUGUACCCUUGACCUUUUUCGGCAAGGUUCGGCGAGGUGUGACUAUAGGCGAGGGAAUACUCGGUCUCAUUGCGGCAGUCGAUCGGUUCUCAGGUGCGGGCUUGAUGUCCAUGCGUGCGGUGGAAUGUCGUUACCUCUGCCGCUCCGUGAGUUUUUUUCUCCAUAGAACAAUGUAACCUGCCAGUAUAGUUUUUUUUUUUCUCUCCCAUCGCUCCUCCGCGGUUGGCUUUGGGCUGGCCUCGUGAACCUAUCCCCCACGACAUUGCUUCAUUAGACGAAGAUCCAGGGCCCUUGUAAGACGUAGAUCCGAGCUUGUUUGUGUACGUGUCAGAAGGACAAGUGCCCACCGCUGCUGUAGAAGCCGUGCUGGUAGUGGGGGGCAUCUCGAAGUGUCCGGAUCUGGCGGUUGUUGCAUCCUGUUGGUGUCCUGAGCUUAAGAGUUGCCGUCUCAGCCGAUGUUUUCAAUUGUUCCCAGGAUGCUCGGUGAGCAAGCCGAGACAGAAGCGGUCCUUCGACUGUUGUGGUUCUGUAGGUGGGGAGCUGUCGUUGGUUAUUUGUACAGCAUUUGAAGCACAUUGAGGUAUUUUAUUAUCGUUCCCCGUAUUAGGUAGCUGUCAGAGUAGAUAGUUGCGCCGUUGUGGGAUCUCUCCGCCUUAUCAGGGCGCGAGAUCUCGAUGGAACGUUCUUCAGAUACUCACUAAAGGCCCGCCUUGUCUAGUAAGAAGUAGUUGGCGUGCCUCUUCAAAUCCUCUAUGCGUGAGUCUAGUCUUCCCGGAUGAUGAUGUUGCGGGGAUAAAUAAAUCUUCACGAAAGAAAAGUCGGUCGCCGGAAAUUAUGGCACCGGGCGAGGCUUGUGUUUGUUCCGGCACUUUCUGUUUCGUGAAAGUCACUAUCGUUUGUUCUAUUUCAUUCGUAAUAUUCUGUUUUUCUUUUUGCGCACUGCAUGUCCUAGUUUUUUCUGUUUCAUUCGUAUCAUUAUGC